ACUCACAAAAACUCAUUAUAAUAUAUAAUUAUCUGUAAUGCCUCAUCUUCAAUUCUUCUAUGUACUUGAUUAAAUUCCUAAUUGUGUGACAUUUGUAAUAGAAGAUAUACUUAACCAGAACAUGACUCUGGUUAGAAGAAAAUCUCAAGCUCCAGAAAAACCUAAAAUGGAUGGAGUUUAUUAUACCGGAGAAAAAGGUCCCAAAUUUGGCGUGCGCUAUGUUCAAAUGGUUAUCAUUGCCUUUAGUACUGGCGUAAUGCUUUCUACCAAGGGUAUGUUUUCUGUAUUGAUCGUUGCCAUGAUCAAAAAUGGAUCUUCGACAAAUCCGGAUGUUCCAUAUUACACUUGGAACAACACAAACGUCAUCAUAUCAGCUAUUUUAUGGGGAGGACUACCUUUCCAACUACUUGCUGGGUAUUUGGGCAAAGAACACGGACCAAAGUGGUUGAUUGUAGGCACCCAGUUAAUAAAUUCCAUUGCCUUUUUCAUCAUUCCGUUUGCAGCCCAGAUCUUAGGCUCUACUGGAGUUAUAUUGUGCAGAUUAGUACAAGGUGUAGCCCAAGGAGCUUAUUCGCCUUUACAAGUGUGCGUUGGAGGAAUAUGGACACCUCCUGAAGAAAGGGCUCGACUUAGUUUUAUUGGGAGUUGUAGUGCCACCUUAACCAUAAUGGUCUCGUCUAUAGUUGCUGGAGUGGUGUCUAAAUCAAGUCUGGGUUGGCCUUGGGGUUUCUACAGUUUUGGAGCGCUUAACCUGGCCUAUGCAAUAUUUUAUAUGAUUUUCGGGCACCAGAGCCCAGAAACACAUCCCAGUAUAAGUCCUGAAGAAAAAAUGUACAUUCAAGUUUCGCUUAGUCAACAACCAGGAAAGAAUAUACCUACGCCUUGGAGGAAAAUCUUCUUGUCAACACCUGUUUGGGCUAUAGUGAUAGCCCAAAUCGGAAUUAACUUUUUCCUGACACUCUUCAGCUCUGACAAAUCCUUAUUUUUGGACAAAAUAAUGAAGUACGAUAUUCAAUCGAACGGUGUAAUAGGAUCUAUACCGACCCUAUGCGCAUGCGUAAGUGGUGUAGGCAUAGCCUACAUGUCUGAUUACAGUGUUCAAAGUGGACGUUUUUCGGUGAUAAAUUCCAGAAGAAUUUUUCAUUUAAUGGGUUCCAUUACUAUAUCGAUUCUUCUUAUUGUCCUAACAUACAUACCCUCCGAAUACAGAGCCUGGGCGAUAGUAGAUCUCUGUUUUAUAGACAUAUUUAUAAUUUUUACACUGGUUGCCGGCAGUUAUAUUAAUAUUUAUGACGUUUCCCCACUGUUUUCUGGAAUUAUACAUGGCAUUUCCAACACAUUGGCAGACGCUAUAGGUAUUCUGGCACCGCUGACAGUCCAAUGGUGUGUCACUGGUGAUCAGGAAAAUGUUGAGCAGUGGAGAACUGCUUUUGGUAUUGCAUCAACCAUUACGAUAGUCUCAGGCAUAACCUUCGCAAUAUUCGCUACCGAUAAGAGACAAGAAUGGGAAGGAGAAACUCCCGAUGUUAAACUCGACAGAAAAUUAAGUAUACUCAGUUUGGAAGAAGCAAUUGGAAAGUUCUGAAGCUAUUUAUAUUAUUUAGAAUUAAGACAACUAUUUAAAAUUCUUGUGAUAAUUGUAUAGAUAUAAGGUAUUUUUUAACAUAAUUUAUAAAAAUAGAUAAAUUAAUUGCUAAUUUUAUAACUUUUUUAUAAUUUAGUAACUUUAUUUAAACAG